UCGGCCCCGGCUCCUCGCGCUUCUCCGCGGCUUCGCCUCGCUCCUCUCCGGGAGGGCUCCCACGCCGCGCCGGCCAGGACGGCAUUGCUACAGGGAGCCUCUAGGAGUUCCAGAGUGAAGAGAUCUGCCUUCAUCUGGAGACCUCUGUUAAAGGUGAAGACCUCCUAAUAGGCCAGACAGCCUUAGCAGGAGCUCAGAAAUCAUACAUCAAGAAUUCCCUGGAACAUUACAUCCCCCCGUUCAGAGCUUGGACAAGAGUUUGGCAUUCCACUUUUGCAGAUCGCUGCCGGUAGCAGAGCGCAAAGGGAACGGCGAGACUCCCACAUCUUUCAGCGAGAAGAAAGGAGUCAGCGGAGCAGACUAAUACGGACUUGUGUCGGAUGCCCUUGCCCUACAAAGGCUGCCUUUAAAAGAGAAACGCAGUGUUAUUUAAUGAGCUGUGAGAUGAGGCACUGCUGCUAGCGCUCAGAUCCCAGGAUUCAUCGGCUAUUCAUUGUGCUUAAUGUACAUGUUUCUGCACCGUGCAUUUAGGAGAUCCCAGAGAAGAAUCCAAAACGGCUGCGGGGGAAAGACCACCAAACAUGCCUACAGAAACAUUACCGACAGGUAGCAUGGUGAAGCCGGUCAGCCCUGCCGUGACUUUCACAUCCGCCGUUCCUCUCCGCAUCCUGAACAAAGGACCCGACUAUUUUCGCAGGCAGGCGGAGCCUAAUCCAAAAAGACUGAGCGCAGUGGAGAGGCUAGAAGCCGACAAGGCAAAAUAUGUCAAGAGCCAGGAGGUCAUCAAUGCCAAGCAGGAGCCUGUGAAGCCGGCAGUGCUGGCGAAGCCACCAGUCUGUCCUGCAGCCAAGAGAGCACUGGGAAGCCCCACCUUGAAAGUCUUCAGCAACAACGCAAAGACUGAGAGUGGCGUCCAGAGGGAAAAUCUGAAACUCGAGAUUUUGAAGAACAUCAUCAACAGCUCUGAAGGCUCCAGCUCAGGCUCAGGGCAUAAGCACGGUCCCCGAAAUUGGCCACCCCACAGAGCUGAUUCAACAGAGCUGAACCGACACUCGUUCGCCGAGUCUUUGAAGGUUUACCCCACGCAGGGCCGUAGCAGCCCACAGGAGAGCAGCUCCAACGUCAGCAGAAGGCUCCUAGAUCAAUCGGCAGAGACUUUCUUGCAUGUCUCUCACAGCUCUUCAGACAUUAGGAAAGUAACUAGCGCAAAGCCCUUAAAAGCAAUACCCUGCAGUAGUUCAGCCCCACCUCUGCCUCCAAAGCCCAAAAUCGCUGCCAUUGCCACCCUGAAAUCCCCAGAGAUUGAGGCAGUCGAGUCUGGAUGUGGAGUUAGUAGAAGACCCUCCCUACAGCGAUCAAAAUCAGACUUAAGUGACCGAUACUUUCGCGUCGACGCAGAUGUUGAACGAUUCUUUAACUACUGCGGACUGGAUCCUGAAGAGCUUGAAAACCUCGGGAUGGAAAACUUUGCAAGGGCUAACUCUGAUAUUAUAUCCCUCAACUUUCGCAGUGCAAGCAUGAUUAGCUCAGACUGUGAACAGUCUCAGGACAGCAACAGUGACCUUAGAAAUGAUGACAGUGCCAAUGACCGUGUGCCAUACGGUAUUUCUGCCAUUGAAAGGAAUGCCAGAAUCAUCAAGUGGUUAUAUAGCAUCAAGCAAGCUAGAGAGUCACAGAAAGUGUCCCAUGUGUGAGAGAGAAAUCCACCAUAGAAAAAGCAAGGACUGUAUCUUUGUCUGUGAAUAUUCAGUUUGUGAAGGGUUGUGAAGUCUACUUGAAGUCUUGUACCCUUCUCAAAUCUCUUUGUGUUGCUUGUUGUGCAAUGUUUCCAAGUUGCAUGCCUGUCAACAUGUGAGCUGACCUGGCUUCCACUUGAACAAUAAUUAACUACAAAGCCUGGCUGAGCGUACACAUUAUCUGCCAAAAGUUUAAGACAAGAAUCUGAUUAGGGCUUCAGUAUAAUCAAAGUGUUUACAUGAAAAGGUUAUAUGACUUCUUUGGUAUUUAUGUGGUUCCUUGUGGAUUUUAUAUAUGUCACUUUUUGUCUUAAUACAGAUAUUGUCAACUGAUGUUACCAGUUUCUAACUUGAAACAGAAUCCCUUUUUGGGGGAAGGAAAGCAAAAUUGGCCAAAAUAAGAUGUUUAGGCAUAUGACGAUAGGCAAAGCAGCCUUAUCUUUUGUAGAAAGUGCGUUAUUGGCACAUGAAAGCUGUUUCUAAAAGGCAAAGAAUGCUAUGUUCUUAAAUUAUGUAUCGUUGUUAAACUAUAUAUCCCUACUUGUAGUAAGGCACUGUUCUGUAAAGGUUUCUUUUUUCUAGGUAAGUUCCUUCCGUUUUACAGCAGAAAUAGUCUAGUGAUUCUUCUUGACCUCUCAUAAACUAAAUGAGUCUUGCAUUUGGAUUGGUGGAAGCAUUUUUAAUGAUUUUGUACUAUCCCGGUUGGAAAUUUCAGCUUAAAGAAGGUCAGAGGGAACAGACGGCACAGGUGUGGGAUUUUGUGGGUUUAAUUUUUACUCAAAGAUUCCUGGUCUUAAACUUUUGACAGGAAUAAUUAGAUCCUAUAGCUGAUAUUGAAUGCCUUUAUUAGUCAAAACACAUCAUGACUACAAACUCCAUGCUGUCUUUUAAUUUUUUUUUUUUAGAACUUUUUGAACAGUUAAUGAACAAAAAUGGAAACACACAGCCAUAUCAAUAUAACGCCUCCUAUUCAGAAGUAAAUACACUCAGUAGCUGAACUAUAUCUGAAAAAAUGUGAUUAUGUUGUCUUGCAUAUAUUAUAUCUAAGGCUGUGAGGGUUUGUUACAGCUCUAGGAAAGUGUAGAAACAUGACAGUAUGUAGCUUUUUUCUUUUUUUUUUUUUUUUUUUUUACCUCCUUAACAUGGUUAGUGCUGCAGAUCGACCUGUUACAAAUCUUUUGACAAUCUGUGUCUUCCCAGUGGUUUAAUUAACUGUCAUUUGAACUGACAGUGGUGGUGUGGUAGUCGAGAAGUUGAAAGUACAGUGGUCUGCUUCAUUAUUAUUGUAUACAUGCUUUGAAGUAAAUUGCAGCACUACCUUAUACUACAUCAGCUAAUAGGAAACUUUUUUAUUGUGUAAAUGCUGUAAGACUUUGUAUAUACUUUAGUUGUUACGAAAUCUUUAAAAGGAAGAGUGUUAUGCUAAUAAAUAGCUCCUGGUGCAGGUAUGGUAGGUUUUUUGUUCUUUUUUUGACCCCCUUCCAUUCUUAAAACUAUAUCAGGAACUCAAUUGCAGUGUCUUUUAGUGCUGUAGAAGGUCUUGGUUAAAUAAUAGUUCCAGUAAAAGGUUUCUUUUACUAAAGUGCUUUUCAGAAUAUAAUUUUUUAUAAAAUAACUAUAGCAGCAUGAUCUGUCUGAAGAACUAGAAGCGGUUUUCAAGACUCCUAAAAUAGCUUGCUUCUUCCUUACCUAGCAAUGUUACUGUUCCCGUUUAUAGCAUCUGUUCAUAAUGAAUCACUGCAGUCUUCUGAAUUAUUCUUCAGUAGUGCUUAUUUAUAUAUUUGAAUAUUAAAGAUGUUUUACAAAGUCGGGUUCUAUCUUUUCUCUAAGAGGCCUGUAGCCCAACUUCUUACAGCUACAGUUAAUGCAGGCGAGACUGGAAGUGGAGCCAUGUAGUUGUUUGUUGCCUAUGGUAUUAUCCUGCAUCCAGUUUUAUAUAAGUGUUCUCCAAAGGAUUGUUCGUGGAGGGGGGAAGCACACACUCAGUUCCAGCACGCAUUCAGUUUCAGGAGGCUACUCUAUGAUUUUUACAGUUGACUUCACAACCUAAGACUUACUACAUUCCUAGCUCGGGCAAAAAAAUGAGGAGCUCUGUAUUUCAGCUACAGGCACAUUUGUGACAUUUCAAGCUCCAUGGGUUUCAGUUGACAUUGACAUCACACUGGUUUUUCAAGCAUAUUUUUCCAAUAGUAAGUUCUACUCAGUUCAGUGACUAUUUUGCCAAGGAAAAUAAUGCUUAAGGGAUUAAAGCCAAGUGUAAUGCAGCUGUACAGCAAUGAAAUAAAGAAGUUAAAACCAAAAUAAAAAAUACACUCACA